GGGGGGCGCCGGGUAACGCCAUUUUCACCCACCGCGCAGUCCGUCAGUCAGUCAGCCAGCCCGUGGACCAGUGAGCUGUCACUUCCAGCGGCUGCUACUUCACCGUGUUUUUAGCCUAAUGAAGCCGCUGCUGAGUUAGUUUUUGGGACGUGUUCCUGUCAUGGAACCGGCGGAGAAGAGGCUGGUGCUGAGCGGCUCCGACUAAAGCCUGUGUCGCUAUGGAGCUAACUGCUGCUCAUCAUUAAUCGGCGCUUGAUGCAGUGAAGCUCAGUCGGCAAAAACAGACCCCAGCCGGAGACAGACAGUGAGGAAAUCCCAUUUUAUCAAGCUUGGACACCUCGUAUAUUAUCACCGUUUUUUCUUAAAGUCACAAACUACCACUUUGUCAUCUCAAAAAGUCAAAUAAAAGGGCGAGGAAACAGAAUCUUGGGUUGGCAACGGAUGUCCUAGAGAACGGAUGCGUGAGGACAUGUCCACCAUGGUGUGUGUGAAGGAGGAGGAGGACCCUGGGGAGAAGCUGUCCCAGGAUGAGAUCAUCUGCCGGACCAAGCAGGUGAUCCAGGGGCUGGAGGCCCUGAAGCAGGAGCACCACUCCAUUCUGGAGGGCCUGCUGGGAACGCUGCGCUGUCUGAAGCAGGACGAGGAGGGCGUCCUGGUGGAGGAGAAGUCCCACAUGAUCCGCAAGUCCCUGGAGAUGUUGGAGCUUGGUCUGAGUGAGGCACAGGUGAUGAUGGCGCUGUCGAGCCACCUGAGCUCCGUGGAAUCAGAGAAGCAGAAGCUGCGCGCUCAGGUCCGCCGGCUCUGCCAGGAGAACCAGUGGUUGAGGGACGAGCUGGCCGGGACUCAGCAGAAACUGCAGAAGAGCGAGCAAAGUGUGGCCCAGCUGGAGGAGGAGAAGAAGCACCUGGAGUUCAUGAACCAGUUGAAGAAGUACGACGAGGACCUGUCUCCCUCUGAGGAAAAGGACUCUGACUCCAGUAAAGAGACCCUGGAUGAUCUUUUCCCGGAUGACCAGGAUGACCAAGGCCCAGGCAUUCAACCAGUUCAUGGCAGUGCUGCAGCAGCGGCGGCUCAGCAGGGAGGUUACGAGAUCCCAGCCCGUCUGAGGACCCUCCACAACCUGGUGAUCCAGUACGCCUCCCAGGGCAGGUACGAGGUGGCUGUGCCCCUCUGCAAACAGGCUCUGGAAGACCUGGAGAAGACCUCUGGACACGACCACCCUGAUGUGGCCACCAUGCUCAAUAUCCUCGCCCUGGUUUACAGGGAUCAGAACAAAUAUAAGGAGGCAGCCAACCUACUGAACGAUGCUCUGGCCAUCAGGGAGAAGACUCUGGGCAGGGACCAUCCUGCUGUCGCUGCCACCCUCAAUAACCUGGCUGUCCUGUAUGGGAAAAGAGGAAAGUACAAGGAAGCAGAGCCGCUGUGCAAGAGAGCACUGGAGAUCAGAGAAAAGGUGCUGGGGAAGGACCACCCAGAUGUGGCCAAGCAGCUGAACAACCUGGCCCUGCUGUGUCAGAACCAGGGCAAGUACGAGGAGGUGGAGUACUACUACAUGAGGGCGCUGGAGAUCUACCAGACCAAACUGGGCCCUGAUGACCCUAAUGUGGCCAAAACCAAGAACAACCUGGCAUCCUGUUACCUGAAGCAGGGCAAGUUCAAGCAGGCUGAGACCUUGUACAAAGAAAUACUUACCCGGGCUCAUGAGAGGGAGUUUGGCUCCGUAGACGAUGAGAACAAACCAAUAUGGAUGCAUGCUGAGGAGAGAGAGGAACAAAGCAAGGGGAAGCAGAAGGAUGGCUCGCCUUUUGGAGAAUAUGGAGGCUGGUACAAAGCAUGUAAAGUAGACAGCCCCACAGUGACCACCACCCUGAAGAACCUGGGCGCCCUCUACAGGCGGCAGGGCAAGUUCGAGGCAGCCGAGACGCUGGAGGAAGCUGCCAUGCGUUCCAGAAAACAGGGUCUGGACAAUGUGCAUAAGCAGCGCGUGGCGGAGGUCCUGAGCGAGCCGGAGGCCCGCGAGAAACAGCGAAGCCGCGAGAGCUUGACCUCCGACACGGUGAAGUACGAGAGCGGGCCAGACGGUGGCGAGGAAGCAUAACUCCAGAUGCCUUGUAAUGGUUCUAAACACUUCUUAUCUUCUGCAUGACGGACGCCUCGCCUCGCCUCGCCUCACCUCGCCUCAACCCCCUUCAGCUUUGCGGUUUUCUUCAGCUCUGAAACCCCUCCUUCCUCUCUUAUCUCCUCCGGUUCCGGUGGGAUUCUCUCCACACUGAGUCCGUCCGGAGCGCUUUUGCAUUUCCGGGGUGAAGCGUUUUUUUGUCGGGGGUGGCGGGGAGGACAGCCUGAGCGUUGAAUUGUAACCUGCUUGUUUUGUUGUCGUGGAGCUCUGUACUCAGCUGUGUGUAUCCGCUGUGGGUCGGGGAGGACGGGGGUGAUGUUUAUUUAGAGCUACACUGAACUUGUACUUCUUACCGUGUUAUUUCUGCUUUUCUCUUUCCUCUCCUUCUGUCACAGUGUCUUUAAACUGUGCUUUCAUAUCAGCUGUAGAGUCAUCGAAUAGGUCGUAGAGGGAUUUGUUUGGAGCACGGACACUAUGACUUCAAGUGAAAUCUAUCCGCCUUCUAUCCUAUCCUAACACUUUACCACUUUAUCACAACACAACAGCUUUAAAUGACACAAUAGGAGCAUGAAUGUGUUAGAAAUCUGGGUUCAGACUACACAGUAUUUACAUUUUUCGGUUCAGAGUUUCAUCCAUAUCUGAAAAAGAGCAGAGUCGAGUCAUAAAUUCUGCAGAAAUGACCAAACGCCAUCUGUUCAUUUGGACGGAGACGCUCACAGCUGACUUCCUUUCUGCUCUGAAAAGCCAAAAAAAAAAGAAACUUUGGAUUCACGCAUCGCACAAAGAGGACACCGUGGUUUGUCGAUCCCUCAGUUUCCGGAUCAGAUCAUUUGUGAUUUUGUAUCAAACAUUCAACACUUUUCACAGGCAACGUAUUUUACAAAUUUGACUAAUUAUAUAACUGAAGAAAAUGGGAAUUAUGACAUCAAAUCCAGGUUACUUUAUCAAACAAGUACUUUUAGUUUAGACAGUUGGACGUUUUGAGGAAAAAAAAAAAAAAAAAUCAGUGAAGCAAACUGUCUAUUUGUUGACCUACAAGAAAGAUUAUACUCCAUUUUCUCCUCAGGAAAAUCAUAUUUCUGUCUGGUAAUGGUCUUAGUAGAAAGAAAUGCUAAAUAAGUAUAAUAAAUGUUAAAAUCAGGUGUUAAAAAUCUUUUUAAAAAAUGUCUUUGCUGAACAUUUCAGUCACGUUCAACCCUAAAAUUAGAUCUGAACUGACCAUGAGUUGAUUUAAAACAUACACCAACAAGACAGAGUGGGGUGAUGCAACCAAAAAAAAAAAAAGAUAUCUUGUUUUUGUUUUGUUUUUUGCUAUGGAUCAUUUGUGAUUUUAAACAAAAGACAAUAUGAGUGACUGAGAAACACUUUCUUUACUCAGACUAUACACCUCACAUGUUUAGAGAAACUCAUUCACUACUUAUGUUAUAAAAAGCAAACAAGCUUCAUUUUAAUUUAUCUUCAGCCAAAGUAAUAUCUCAAAACCAUGAUUAAGUAAAUUAAGCCCAGCAAUAAGCUAAAAGUAAAAUAAAAACUGGACAUUAAUCAGUCUGAAAUAUUAACAUUGAGCAAAAGUGUGUCAUUGUUCCUGGUAAUUGUAUAUAUUUGAGCACAAAAGGAGAGUUAUUUCAUUAAAUCAACAUCAUUUUAGUUCAACAGAGGCUUAUUUUAACUACUAAAAAAGUGGUUUCAAUCUGUGGAGUAAACUUUGAUAGAUGUGGCCACCUCAUAAUUCUCAAUCGAGGAACAACCCUGCAUACAAUAGAGCGCUCUGUACUUCUGUUGAUCAGCAUCACAAAAGUAACCGAAUCCCAUCACAGAAGAAAAAAUAUCCAACAUGUCGGUCUUGGUAUCUGAAUGUCAUGAGGCUUCAUACAGGACCAAUCAUCAGCCACUGUAACACAACACACCAUAAGAGAUAAAAACACCAAUGUCGUUCUUGGCACAGACCGACAUCCCGCGUCUGAGAGGAUGAACCGAGGUGAUAUUGUGUAGCCUGAACCCAUAAUACUGUCUUAUAUUUUAUACCGAGUGCAGAAGACAAGAUUCAGAAGAAAAUGUGUCAGAACAUUUGAUCAAAACACCAAAAAUCUGACUGAAAAAUCCACCUUUUUAACAUCAGCGGGUGUGAAGGUUGAGUACAUUCUGUUACCAUCACAGUUCAGUAACAACAUAAAAAUACAUGCACAUAAAUAAAUAAAUAAAUAAAUCUUCCGGGUAUAAAAUGUGACAGUCAUAGCUUUCUACUCUUUCUUCCUGCCUCCAUGUCUUUCUGUGCUCCAGUUCAAUUCACAUCUAUCUUCAUUAGUGGUGGUCAUAGUGACUUCACACGCUGUAAAUAAGUACUAAAUAAACAAAUAAAAUAGGUCGAUGUCAGCAUGACCAUGACACUCUGUAGGUUUCGGUUCCUAUUAGAGUUUAGUCAGUAGUGUCAAACUGCACUGAUUUCACACAUACGUCAUCGUGAUGUGAGAUGGACACGUUCCAGGUAACAGGCUUCAUGCACGACGGAUUCACUGUCCACGUUAUAGAGUCGGUAAAACCCUACCGGUGUCGGCGUUCAGUCGUAGCCUCAUGCAUCCAGCCUGUUGACCUUCUGUAUAUCUGUGUACAUAGAUGUCAGGGACGGGGAGGGAUGCAUUUGGUGGGAACCUGGGGAUUAAAGCCUUCUCUUUGUCUCUGUUCUGAGCUCCUGCUACUAAUCUUCUGCGUGUCGUGUCCUGUUUGUGCAUCUUACAAGUUUGUCUUUCUUAACUUCUAAUAAAACCUCGACUCUUUGCUCACCUGAA